CCUUCCACUCCUGCCUCUUCAACGCCUUGACUCGACUUGUACAUUCUCGGCCUUAGCAUCCCCUCAUCAUGUCAUCUCAAGCAGGUCCGUCAUCAUCGUCAUCCCCCCCGCCGGCUCCCGCUGUGCAAAAGUCCAAACACAAGCUAACGCCGGCGGAGCAGCAAGCUCUAGCCCUUGAGAAGCUUCUGGCCAAUCCCGACCGGGAAAUCAGACUGCCUUCCGGGCCCAAGGAGAAGACCCUCAGAGCGCCGAGGGAGAUGAUGAAGAAUGUUUCUGGGUCUAGCGCAGGAGCAGGUAGUGGAGAGUUCCAUGUAUACAAGCAUGCAAGAAGGAGGGAGUAUGAGAGGAUCAAGCUGCUGGAGGAGAAGGCUGCCAAGGAAAAGUCGUCUUCGGCCUUCCUCAUCUCUCAAGCUCAACAAGCAGCGACCGACGAAGCCAAGACGAACAAGAAUCGAGCAAAACGGGACAAGAAGAAGUUGGCUCGAGAGAAGGCCAAGCUGCAAUCGGCGGAGGCCAACGGCAAAAGUACAGGAGCCGACGCGAAGCGGAAGCGGGCGGAAGACCAGGGCGAGGCUGGCAAGGAUGGAGAAGAGAAGAAGCUGAAAGCAGCCCCUGGCGCCGAGGGCUUCACAUUUCGACCGAGAGAAGAAGAGGAGAGUGAAGGCGAGGAGGAAGAGGAAAGCUGAAAUCUCCGAAGGCCUUGCCGGCUCAGGUAGAGGGAGGGUCAAAGUAGUCGUCACUUGCCCGCUCAUGACCAACCCUUGUCACCUUGAGAGUCCAAUCUCGCUCCACCUAUCUAUUAUACCCGUCGCAGCAA